GAAGAUUCAGAGUUCCAGAGAGAGUGGGCCAAAAGCCAGUGGAGUGGUUACGCUACGAGAAGCCAUUAGGAGAGUGUUCGGGAAAUGGCGUCCGCCUGUGUGGUAUUUGCCUGGUUACUCUUCACCAUGAGGAUGGUCACCUCGGCAGUCUACGUGGAGCAUGAAGAGGAGGAGCUCAAUGAAACAGUUAUCUGUACAAACGACCACAUGGAAGUUGUUAUUCCAAGUGCUUUUUUCCUCAACAAAGCACCUCCAGUUUUUGUUUGGGACUUGCAUUUAAAUGAUCCAGAGUGUCGUGGAGUUGAAGUCGGAGAUGACUACGUUUUCAAGAUAAAAACAAACCUCUCGGAUUGUGGGACCAUAGUGACCUCAGAUGACACCCACAUCAUGUUCAUAAAUACCAUACACAAUAACUACUCUGAUAUUAUCACAAGAAACUACAUCAACAUAACGUUUGUGUGCCGCUACCCCAUCAAUUACAUGGUCCAACAACCCAAUGGCGAAAACAUGAUCAGAGUGGAUGUCAGAACUAUCACUCUGAACACAGAGGAUGGGAAUUUCUCAGUGUCGAUGCUGCUAUACAAAGAUGAAGCCUUUGAGGACAGAUGGACAACUGUGCCUUCACUUACCCUGGAGGAGAGCAUUUUUGUGAAGAUUUUCAUGAUACCGGCUCACCUGAUUCUACGUAUGGAGAGAUGCUGGGCAACACCGACUAGUGAUCCGUACAGCAAUAUUCAGUACACCUUCAUCAGAGACAGUUGCCCGGUGUUGAACAAUGAACAGACACUUGGUGUGCUGAAGAAUGGCGAGGGACCAGAAGCAAUGUUCAGGAUACAAAUGUUUAAGUUUGUCGGCAGCUCUUACACCAACGUCUUCCUUCACUGCAAUGUCCAGAUCUGUCACAACAACCAGGGACUGUGCCAGCCUAACUGUUCGGCAGAGGAAGGCUUAUUGAGAAUACGAAGAGACAUCCCAUCGUCCCACACAGUGUCUUAUGGGCCCAUUAGGCGACUCGUGACUGAUGUUGAAAAGCCCAAUCUAAGUACUGCUGGAGUUCCUCCUGUUGAGACUCUUGUCCUUGGUGGGCUGCUGAUCAUCUUGCUGCUGAUCACAGGGGUGUUCGGGAAGUUGUGGCUCCGCUCCAGACGUUUCUACCCAGCACGGGAGGCACAGCUCACCCUUACUGCGGCGCCCCAAGCCAGGAUCAACACACCUCCGACCGUCCGACUCAGAGCAGCGAAGGACUCGGAGUCUCUGAACCAGCUGCAGCCAGUUCAUAACUUUAAAAGUGUUGAAUCAUUCACCCUUGCCCCUGCUACAGCCAGCUGGCCAAGGAGAGGCACAUUAGAAUGGAGACCCUGCACCCCCACUGUUUGAAAUGCAUCAACAGAAGAUGCAUGGUGAGACCAGAGGCUGGUGUUUCCUGUGAUUUGAUUGGUUGUCCUCUUGUUUGUGGGGCAGUCUUUCAUUCUUGCAAGCUGGAUGAACAUCGUCUGCUGUGUCCGUAUGAACGACUGCCUUGUUUAAACCGUGUAUUUGGCUGCCCUUUUACCAUCCCGAGGAUCAAGAUGGCAAAACAUCUUGAGACGUGCCCUGCAAGUAUAGUAUGUUGUACUAUGGAGUGGAACCGCUGGCCCGUGAGCUAUGCUGAUCGCAAGUCCUAUGAAAACUUGAGCAAAGACUUUGAUGAGGUGGAGCAGCUGGAUAUGGCUUUGGCUCUGCAGGAUCAGAGGAUGCUACUGGAGUCCCUGAAAGUCACAACCACUGUUUCAAAGAAUGGGGAUAAAGAAAUGGAUGAAGGUGAUAAAAUGGCCACAGCAUCAUCUCUGCCAGAGACUGUUUUAGGUGGUGGAACAGUAGAAAUGGAAGAGGAACCUUAUAAUGAGUUGUAUAGGCCUUCAGUGGAAACAAGCAGAAGUUUAGCAGCUGCCUUAGACAUCCUGGCUAACGCUAGUGAUAUUGAUGCAAUUGUUGGAAAUCUAAAUGGUGAGAAGGCUGAUAAGAAUGGGGCUCGCCAUAAUGGAGAAAAUGGGGAUAGUCACUGUGUACAUGUCGCUGAGGGUGGGAAGAAUGUAGAAAUGCGAGAGAGUGACUCUGAUUCAGAGUGUGAGCUUGGGGCAGUAGGUGGAGUUGAUUGUGCUGUGGGAACAGAUGGAGAAGAAGACUCUAUCAACUGGGCUGAAGAAAACAAGUUUGUUGAGAUUUUUCUUGAAGAAAAGGAGGACUUAGUGGAGGAACCAAUAAAUGAUUCCAACCUCGUUUGGCCAGAAAUGCCUCAGAAUUACAUACCUGUUGUAGCACUGGAACCUCCUGUACCUCAACAUGCCCAACUUGUACCUCCAAUGCCAUUCCUGCUAUCCGAUCACGUGAGAAAUAAUUUCUUACAACACUUACCCACUGAAUUGAGGUACAGAUGUUUGGAGCGUAAACUACAGAAUGUUGAAGUGCUCCGAGGAAUAAAUAUGUUUACAUUUAACGGACGCCGGGCCCUACUGUCAGACCCGUACUUGUUUCGAGCAAAGAUGGAGGACAAGGCGGUCGACACGUCUGACCUGGACGUAGCAGAUGACCCCAUGGGUCUCCAUGGCAUAGAUCUCAUCACUGCGGCUUUGCUCUUCUGCCUCGGGGAUUCUCCAGGAGGCAGGGGAAUCUCAGACAGCCGGUUCGUCGAUGGCUACCACAUUGACUUUGGUACGCAGACAUUCUCCUUCCCUUCAGCCAUUCUUGCAACCAACACCAUGGUGGGCGAUAUCGCUUCAGCCUCAGCCUGCGAUCACGCCAGUCCACAGCUUUCCAACCCCAGCCCUUUCCACACUCUCAGACUGGAUUUAGUGCUCGAGUGUGUGGCCCGAUAUCAGACCAAACAGCGCUCCAUGUUCACAUUUGUGUGUGGGCAGCUGUUCAGACGAGAUGAGUUCUCAUCUCACUUCAAAAAUGUUCACGGGGACAUUCAUGCUGGACUCAACGGCUGGAUGGAACAGCGUUGUCCCUUGGCAUACUACGGCUGCACCUACUCUCAGAGGCGGUUCUGUCCGUCGGUGCAGGGCUUCCGAAUAAUCCAUGACAGACAUCUUGGUUCCUUUGGGGUCCAGCCUGGUACGCCCUUGCGAACCGGAGAUAGCCUCUCAAGAAAGACGCGCCGCAUUGGCUCUUGCUGUGAUCAGUUCAGCAGCCUUCCGUUUGAAGUGCUGCAGCACAUAGCAAGUUUUCUGGACAGCUUCAGCCUGUGCCAGCUUUCCAGAGUGUCCCGCACCAUGAGGGACGUGUGUGCUAGCCUGCUCCAGAUGCGCGGCAUGGUCGUCCUGCUGUGGGAGAAGAAACGGCGUGACGACGGGUCUCCCUCAUGGCAGAUUACAGAUAAGGUGUGGCGAUUCAGCACAGCUUUUGGCACGGUUAACGAGUGGAAGUUUGCCAACAUCGCCAGCAUGGCCGACCACCUGAAAAAGUGCAAAUUUAACCAAAUCACCCGUCGGGAGGAGGCUAUCCCUCUGCCGUGCAUGUGUUUUACCAGGGAGCUCACAAAAGAGGGGAGAUGUUUACGAUCAGUUCUCAAACCCGUAGCAUAACUGAAGAGGUUGUCUUUUGGACUUUUCUGUGACCUUAAGAACUCUGGUCCAUUUGUAUUUUUCUCCAGUGUUUACAGACAUUAGUCCUUCACGCCUAAAAAAAGAUCACAGGUGAAACUACAUAAGCUGCUUUAUGCUUCACAGUCGAGUUAGUUGUGAGUCAGUUUAUAUUUCAAACAGAAGCCACCAUGCAUUCUUGAGUCAAAACUGUAAACAACGUAAAAAUGCAAACCUCGUUUUCUUCGCGCUUGGAUUUGUAAAUCCUGAUUACUGAAUCUGUACACCGAUCUACUCUGACGUGUAAAUAAUGGUGUGUCUUUCUGUUUUUUAAAAAGGUUUUUUAUGUCAGUACUGUGCUGCGUGGUAAGAGUAGAGCCUUAACGUAAGAUACACUUGAUAUUCUAGUCAUGAGGUUGUUCGGAACUUCUCAGUGAGAUUUCUUUACUGCUUCUAGCUGGAACAGUUUACUAGUAUCUUGCACCGUAUUAAAUUUUAUCCCGGUGUCUCGAGUAACCAUGUGUUAGAACGUACAGAUUUCAGUGCUUUAAUAGUACACAUUAAGACUGACCAAGCAUCUGUGAAAGAUGUAUGCUAUUUUUCUGGAUGAUCCAACUGUGGAUGUUGGUUUCUGCUCAGCAGCAUCAUCGUGUUUGGUGUUGGUAUGUUACCAUAGUGACUAGGGUGGUUCAUUGUCCUCCUCUCCUCUCUUUUGUCUUUUCUGACAAUGGACUGUUAGUCAGUGAAUGACGUGAAGCAACACUUUUUUCCAGCCUUUUUUCUACCAGUUUUUAUAGGGUAUUUCCUCCAAAAAUCUAAAUGUAACAAGAAAAAAUUGAAUGUACUCAAUAUGUCAUUGACUGGUUAACAAGCAGAAAGCUCAAUUAUCCCCACCCCCCACACAGAGUCAGAACUCGCUGAAACCCUGCCGGCCAGGUUUUAGGAAAUGUAGCAGGCGCACACCUCACUCCAGUUUUGAGAAUCACUAAGUAUAUUCACCACAGUUAUUUAUCACGGUUGCGUGUUUCUGCACUACAUGCCCAUUUUAUUUUUAUUUACGGUGUCUCAGGGUUGUCGCUUGAUCUCGACAGAUAAAGUAGCUGGGAAUGACGCGCCAGCUCGUUGGCUGCUUAAUUAUGAAUUUGAAGACUAAAAUAAGCUUACAAGCUAAAUAAAUAAAAAAAAUUAAACGUCAGGCAGCAAAUUGAUGUAGAUGGACACAAGAGAGCUGACAGCACAUGAAUAUGAUGCUCUGAAUGUUUUUGAAUAGAUAAAACUUGUAGUGAUGAGAACACAUAGUUCUUUGAGUGUGUUUUUGUGGUGUUUUUUAUAUAUAUUUUUUAGAGUUUGAUGGAAAAUCCAGACUGCAUCAAUGCAAAGCUGUUUCAUCAAGUUUUUGUACUGGUACUUUUUAAAAAAUAUCUGCCUCGUUUGGGUCUAGAUGUGAAUUAUCAUUUUUGCACAUUACUGCAUGUUCCGUGAAAAUGAAAUCCUGAUGCUGAGGUUGACUUUGCUUGAGUUGUUUUUUAUUUUAUUUACUCCGUCAUGUUCUGCAUGUGGGUUUGAAAAAUAUGUUUGUCAGUCCAGUUGCCGAUUAAUCUUUACAGUUUUCUCAGGCACCACGUGUCAAGUUAUUGUUUUUUCUGAAUAUUUUUUUAAAAAUCAUGUAUAUGCAGGAACUAUAUUCCUUAUCACAUGUGCUCAGGUUUGAAUAGAUCAAAUGUUUGUGUAGAUUGGAAAAAUCUGCAUAAAUGUUUUUUUGUUUUGUUUUUGUUCUGUUUUGGCUCGUAUAAAUAUGACGCGAACAAGGUGAAAGAAAUCACCUCUCCUGAUUCCAUACAGUCAGUUUUUGCUCCAGGAGUUUGUGCUCAUUUUAUCAGUAUUUUAUUUUGUUUUCCACUCCCGUUGAAGUGUUUUUUUCACCACAGUAUGCCAGCUUCACUUGUUUGACUUUUGAAGCAAUUUAAUAAAAGAGAUUAAAUUUGUA